AUGUCAGCCCACACCGAAUACCCCGUCCGUGUUGUUCCAGCCCGCAACAAGAAGAUGUUUUUGAAGCUGCCCUUCAACGACAACACCGUCGCCCAAGCCGUGAAGGAAGCCAAAGCCGACACCAAGGCGCUUAAAAAAGUCCGCAAGAUUCUGAAGGCGGCCAACACCAAGAAGGUCGAUGUGACCAAUCUUCAGCCACUUUUCGUGGUUGAAGACAAGAAGCGGCCUGAAAAAAGAAAGGCCGAGACUUGCGACCAAAAGGCCAGUACGAUGCCUUUUGAUCGUACCGUGCCAUCGGCCGAGAUCAAUUUUGAUGAAAUUGAUCUUGAUGAUCUGAAUGUGCCGUAUACCACGUUCACGGCCCCAAAACAAGUUGAAGAGUGCCAGAAGAACGAUGAAGUUGGCGGCAUUACCCUAGAUGAAGACGGCUACAUCAUUGAAGAAGAAGACGACUGGUCAGAAAUGGAUGCCAUAACAAAAGCGAUGAUUCAAGAAGACAAUAACUGCAUGAUGAUGCCACCACCAACAAAACGGCCAAAGAGGUACUUCGUCAAUGCUGUGAACAACAUGUUCGAUGCCUAUGACUUAACGUACGAGUUAGAAGACGUGGUCAGUGAAUUAACAGAAGCGCACGAAGACUUUGAAAUGAAGAAUGCGUUGGACAAGUAUAGCAUGCUGAAACAACGAAAAGAAGCCUUGUUUCUGAAAUGGCAACUGCCUAAAGGCUUUGGCUUAAAGAAGAAAAGGAGAUGA